GUGGUUAUGAGUGAGUCAGCAGAGGAGCUGCAAAGUCUGCUGGAUGUGAUUGAUGGGUAUGGAAGAGAUUUUGGAGUUAGGUUUAGUAGUGAGAAGAGUAAGGUGAUGAUUGUGAAUAGGUCGGAGGAUGAAUGUAAAGCGCGGUUCACACGAGGAAUGUUUACCCAUGUUCCGGGAACAAGUUUUCCAAUGUUCCGGGAAUUUGUUCCAUCGGAUGUUCACACGGUACUGAAGUUUAUUCCUGAGACGGCAGACCGAUAUCGCGACAAGAUCAAGAUCAAGCACCCUGGUGGUCAACUCAAGUGUUUACAAGCACCACCAUGCCGAGCCACCCACACCACAUCAACAAGGCCUCACCCGACAGCAAUGGGGCCACUUCAUUCUUGCCAUAUGUUUGAUGAAGGAAUGGGAUGAACAACUCCGUGUUUGGACACGUCCCUGGCUAUCAAGGAAGCGUCAGGAGAGCGUGUACUACCGACUGGUGAGGGAGUGGAUUCGCCUGGACCGCACCCAAUUCCAUCAUGUGCUACAAUUGAUGACGCCUCCCAUAGAGAAGCAAAGCACCAAUGUGAGGCAACCCGUCAGUGCUGGAGAACAACUGAUGCUCACUUUAAGAUACCUCGCAUCAGGUGAAACUCAGAAGUCAUUGGCCUACCAAUUUUGGAUUAGUCGGAACCUGGUGUGCAGCAUUAUCCUGGAGGUGUGUCAGGCAAUUUAUCAAGUGCUGAAAACAACAUACCUACGUAUGCCUAACACCACAGAAGAAUGGCGGCAGAUUGCCAGUGAUUAUUUCUCUCAGUGGCAGUUUCCUAUGUGCAUAGGGGCAUUAGAUGGGAAAAGGGUAUUAGUACAAAAGCCAGCCAAUUCAGGUUCAAAAUUCUAUGACUACAAAGGUCAUUUUAGCAUGAUUUUAUUAGCUGUGGUGGAUGCAGACUACAAGUUCAUCUAUGUGGAUGUUGGUGCUUGUGGCCGGGCAAGUGAUGGAGGAGUUUGGGACAGGUGCUCUCUGAAAAGGGCAUUGGAAGCACAAGACAAUGUCUUACAUAUACCCCAGUGUAACACCCUUCCCUUCUCUGACAAACAAUGUCCCUUCAUACUGGUAGGAGAUGAUACUUUCCCACUAAAGUCACAUUGAAUGAAACUUUAUCCAGGAAAACAAUUGAGCAAAGAACAAAUAAUAUUUAAUUAUUGACUUUCCCGAGCUCGCAGAACUUCAGAAAAUGCAUUUGGAAUUUUGGGAUCACGUUUUCAGGUAUUUAGAACACCUAUUAGAUCAUCUCCUACCACAGUAAAGGAUAUUGUAUUUGCUGCUGUAACUUUACAUAAUUAUCUAAGGGUAUGUUCCAAAGAGUCGUACAUUCCACCAGACAUGCUAGACAGGGAGGACAUACAAAAUGUAGAGUUGCAUAGAGGUCAGUGGCACCAGCAUCCACAUGGUGGACUUGAAAGGCUGCCAUUGGUAGCUAGAGGUCAUGCACAAGAUGCCAAGGGAGUCAGAGAAACUUUAAAGCAAUACUUCAAUAAUUAAGGUAAAGUACCUUGGCAAGAUGUAAUGUGCUUUCUACACUAGGCUAUGCAUAAAUGUUUGUGUUUUGUAUGUAUGUGUGUGCAUUUUACAUAGUGACCUGUCUCCAUAUCUUCAUUUGUCUAAUUUUUGCUCAAAAUUUUGCACAUUGUGCUGCAACUACUUCCUCAUUUAAAGCUUUCCACUUUUCCACUGUUCUAUGUGGAAAACUAUUCUUUCCAAUGUCCUUCACACACCAUCUUUGUAGCUGUACUCUGUAUCCUUUUUAGACUUCUUAUAUCUUUCAUUAGGUUAGAUGAAAACACCACUUCUGUAUACUCUAAUCUAGGUAUUAUUAUGCCAGUAAUAAUUUUGUCAUCAUAUCCUUGUCAUAUAAUUAAAUGCAACUCUAAUAUUUGAUAAUAUUUUCUAUGUUACUCCAUAUAUCUUGCCUGCUAUGUGGGACUGUAUCAAAAGCCUUUUUUAUAUUUAAAUAUCCUGUAACCACCCAGCCAUCUCUAUUAUCUAGUGUGAAGAGGUGUGUGUGUGUGUCUCCAUAUCUACACACAUCCAACUUUCCUUUAAAACUAUGCACACUUCUCACUGACACCACCUUCUCACUCAAACCAUUCCACACCUUCACACAUCU